ACACUAACCACAAUAUUGGAUUUGAUUCGCGAUUGAAUUUAUCCAAAAUAUUUAAAAAAAAAUAGCUAUUUUCCGCCGAAGUGCUGCUAUACUAAGCGCCGCAUAGUUCUGGAUCAAACACAGUUGCUGCCGCUUGAAUGUCGUCUGGUUUUGCGAAAACUUGGCAAUCAAUACUCGUACCUUGACCUGCUCAACAGCUUUGGCAUCCAAACGCAAUAAAUUGAAGGAAAGGGCGUGUGGCAGGCCUAGCAUGUCCCCCUGGUAUCAUGUCCUACACCGAACUGGAACAGGGCUACCAAGGUCUCCGUAAUGCGGCAUACAGACCAGCACAAUUCUAUGUAGGCGCAGUAAGUUGCACCCUUUUACCACGUUAAGAGGCACCUUUCUUGCGUCACUUUUGGCACUGUCCGGACCAUGCCCAUCCCUUCAGUGAUUAUUCAGGAUGUGGACAAUCCCUGUCUGGCGCCCGCCUAUUGGCACAUGGGCGACUUGGAGCUAUGCGACCCCGGCAGCUCAGGGGCGGAGCCUCAAGACAUGGACGACGAGGGCAAGAUGGUUGUGGUGGGCGUCUGCGCCAUGGAGAAAAAGACCCAGAGCAAACCAAUGAAGGAAAUCCUCACCAGGCUGCAGGAAUUCGAAUACAUCAAGGUGAUCGUCUUCCAAGAAGACUGCAUUCUUCAGAAGCCGGUGGAAGAAUGGCCUGUUUGCGACUGUCUCAUCUCGUUUCACUCCAAGGGGUUUCCAUUAGACAAGGCCAUUCAGUAUGCUCAGCUACACAAUCCCUACGUGAUCAACAAUCUGCACAUGCAGUACGAUAUUCAGGACAGGAGGAAAGUGUACGCCACACUGGACGCUGAAGGAAUUGAAAUCCCUCGGUAUGCCGUCUUGGAUCGAGACAGUCCAGACCCGAAAGAUCAUGAACUCGUAGAAUCCGAAGAUCAUGUCGAAGUGAAUGGCACCGUGUUCAACAAGCCGUUUGUGGAAAAGCCGGUAUCGGCCGAGGACCACAACAUCUACAUCUACUACCCCACUUGCGCUGGUGGCGGCAGCCAGCGGCUCUUUCGAAAGGAGAGUAUGCAGGAGCGCAGGGGCUGGGGCUCCUUCGUUUGCAUUCGACUUACCGGCACGACCUGAAAAUCUACGCGUCCGAUGAGGGCCGCGUGCAAAUGACGGCGGCUGCCUUUGCAAAGGGCCUGUUGGCGUUGGAGGGCGAACUCACUCCCAUCUUGGUGCAGAUGGUGAAGAGUGCCAACACCAACGGGCUGCUGGACAAUGACUGCGAUAGCAGCAAAUAUCAGAACAUGUGCAAGGCGCGGCUUCAUGAGCUGAUGCAGAUCGACCGCGAUUUCUCGCCAGUAGACCGGGAGAGGAUCAACCCGUGCAACUCAGCCAGCAUCAACGAGGCCUUGGACUUUGUCAAGAACCCCUACAAGUGCUGCAAGCACGUCCAUGAACUGAUCAAGUCGCUGAUGGAGAUCGUGCAAGUCAAAAAGGAAGAUGGUAAGACCAAAGAAGCGAUUCUCUACCACGGCGAGUCGUGGGACCUGAUGUAUCGCCGCUGGAGCAAGAUCGAGAAGGACUUUUACACGAAAAAUAAAACUUUCGACAUCAGCAAGAUCCCGGACAUCUACGACUGCAUCAAGUACGAUCUGCAGCACAACCAGCACACCAUCCAGUUCGAGCAGGCUGAAGAGCUGUACAUCAGCGCCAAGUACCUGGCCGACAUCGUUAUACCGCAGGAAUACGGCUUGACGGCGGAAGAAAAACUCACCAUCGGGCAGGGCAUUUGCACGCCGCUGCUGAAGAAGAUCAAAGCCGACUUGCAGCGCAACAUCGAAGAAAGCGAGGAGACGGUGAACCGAUUGAAUCCCCGCUACUCGCAUGGAGUGUCCAGUCCUGGACGCCACGUGAGGACGCGACUGUACUUUACCAGCGAGAGUCACAUCCACUCACUCAUCACGGUGUUGAGACACGGCGGGCUUCUAGAUAUGUUGAACGACGAGCAGUGGCGUCGCGCAAUGGAAUACGUGUCGAUGGUCUCCGAGCUGAACUACAUGUCGCAGAUCGUCAUUAUGCUAUACGAGGACCCCACCAAAGACCCCAGCAGCGAAGAGCGCUUCCAUAUCGAGCUGCACUUUAGUCCGGGCGUUAACUGCUGCGUGCAGAAGAACUUGCCGCCAGGCCCGGGCUUCCGGCCUCACUCCCGCAACGAGUCCGCGGCCAGCAAAACUCCCAGCCCCGAUUCAUCGACAACUCCAACUCCCGAAGAGAAGAGUCAGACUCUGCUGGAAGAUGGUAAGAUCGAGGUGAUCGAAGAGGAGAAAAUCUUGAUGGGAACACCCACUAUUGCGGAGGUUGCCCCCUUGCACCUCCUUCAAUGUGAACACUUGGAGGCACCGGCGAAUGGCGCUUCACAAGGACGCCGCUCCCGGUUAAAAAAAAGCAGUUCUCCAAUUCCCAUCGGAAAUGCACACACGGUGUGCGGCAACGAGGCGCGCCAAUUGGCCAAGUGUCUGACUGAGGAGCUGGCCAAUCAGGCCACACAAUCCGUUGGACGGUCGUUUGCAACCAAUCGGGCCGUAAGUCCCGAGACAGAGCCCAGAGCGCGCAGCUACGACCACAAAACGCCCCCGAAAGGAAAAGGUAAGUCGUUGGAGUCGCGAAUUUUGGACGGUGCAGAGAGCAUGUUUUCGACUCAUUUCAAACUAGUCAAAUUGGGAAUUUUAAUUCGGCUUUCAUUUGGGCAGCUGACCAUUUUCAUCAAAGUUUGGACGCCGUAAACAGCGCAGGUACGCUAUCUCAGUGUUCAGCUAAUCUCUGGUUUGUUCUUGAGGCUGUCUUAACAUGACUGAUUGCAGCCGCAAACUUUCGACCGGGUUUCGAGGUUGACACUGCGCUCUUAUUGAAAUGUUUUUCAGUUAUUUUUAUUUUAUUUUUUAUCACCUACAACUUGAUUUUGUUUAUGUUCAGUGUAUGUUUGGCACAGUUACGUAUCGCAGUUUUUCCAACUAUCACACAGAAAUGGACAGUGUUGUCAAUAUUUGCGGGCGCUCUGUCCUUUGUGCUUUCACACUGGUAGA